GUAAGGAGAUACGUUAAGUACUGGGCAGCCAACUGGGGACUAGCUAACUUCAAGUUCCGUCCCCACGCCUCCCUCCCUAUCCAAAUGCGGAGUCAGUCACUGGAGAGCCGACGCUUUCCUCACUCUCACAUUCGGUCACCUCUAGCGUGAGUCGGUUAUUCGGGGUGGUCCCCGCAUCCUCGGCGGACGCUUGGGUUCUCUGGCUGCCGACUUCCGAGGAGAUGCCGGAGGAUCAGGACUGUCAGCGGGUUCGUAGGUCCAAGUCUUUUGGCAGGGAGUAAGUAGCUUUCCCGCGCUGCGCUGCCUGGAGUUUAGACGUGGGCGCGUAGAGGGUGCGGAGCGCAGGUGGUGGACAAGAUGACCCUGGAUAAUCUGACUUCGCAGAGUCUACUGUCCGCCCUGCACCCGCGCAAUGCCAGCCCGCCGUUCGCGGGGCUGCAGUUCGUGCAGUCUUUCAAACCUCUCAUCAUCCCUGGCUACUCACUCGUGGUGUCUGUUGGGGUCGUGGGCAACUACCUUCUUAUCUAUGUCAUCUGCCGGACCAGGCGUAUGCACAAUGUGACCAACUUUCUCGUGGGCAACCUGGCCUUCUCGGACAUCCUAAUGUGCGCCACCUGCGUGCCCCUGACCCUGGCGUACACCUUCGAGCCGCGGGGCUGGGUGUACGGCCGCUUCCUGUGCUACUUCGUGUUCCUCAUGCAGCCUGUGACCGUAUCGGUGUCUGUGUUCACCCUGACGGUCAUCGCGGUGGACCGCUACCACGCCACUGCCCACCCGCUGCGUCGCCGCCGCCUCAGUGUCCCUGCCUGCGCCGGCGUGUUGGCGGCCAUCUGGCUGCUGAGCUGCGCCCUGGCCGCUCCCGCGCUCCUCCACACCUACCACGCUGACUUCCCCGAGCUGCACUUCGCCAUCUGCGAGGAGUUUUGGUUUCACCGCGAGCGGGACCGGCUGGCCUACGCCUACAGCACCCUGCUGCUCACCUACGUGCUGCCCCUGGGGGUCAUCUCCGUGUCCUACCUGCGCAUCUCCGUGCGCCUCCGCAACCGCGUGCUCCCGGGCAACGCCACGUCUCAGCAGCAGGCUGAGUGGGACCGCGCCCGGAGGCGCAAAACCUUUCGCCUGCUCGUGCUUGUGGUGGCCGCCUUUGGGGCGUGCUGGCUCCCCCUGCACAUCUUUAACCUGGUCAAAGACCUGGACAUCAGCCUCAUCGACAAGCGCUACUUCAACCUGCUGCAGCUGCUGUGCCACUGGCUCGCCAUGACAUCUGCCUGCACCAACGCCUUCCUCUACGCCUGGCUCCACGACAGCUUCCGCUGCGAACUCAAGAAGAUGUUCUGUUGGAAACGCUGGUGGCGGCGGCGCCGCAGGACGAAGCGCGUCCAACCUGUGGACGGGCCUCCAGCGUGCCCACUCGCGACUGUGGUCCUGUGAGGCGGCGGAAGAGGUGGGGGCGCACGAAAAGUUGAUUUCUCCGACUCAGCGCUGAGGAGACGGUCUGGUUGGACCUGCCCAAGAAUGCUACUCCAGCAUACUUAAAGCAUUUGCUGCAUCCGUCCCUCAAACUCAACUUUUGCGCCCUUGGGUUCCCUUAGUGCCUGUCCACCGACCGAAAUAGAGGUAACCCCCCCAAAACCAACACCCCCCCCCCAAAGAAACCCAACAACACACACACAACAAAACCCAAACAACUCAUUUUGAGGGAAGACAUUCCAUUUCCUCCUCUAUACACAAACUCUUAACCCUUGCUUCCAAUUCCCCGCCCCGCCCCCCCCAGCCAACGCAUAUAGAUCUGCCUUCACUUUGUUCUCGCCACAAUGAUUCCUCCUUUGCUCCCUGCACGGAGACACCAUGGGUUCUCUCACACCGUCAGCUACGGGGAGCCCAGGAUUCUCGGGUCCAGCCAAUGAGACGCUUUGGGUCAGAGAAGGUGAAGUGUAAAGAGAGGGUAAGGGAAGGCUCAUAAGCUUCAAGGCAGAACAAGGCUGGACAGCUACUCUGCGGUUUGCCUUUUCCCCCUCCGCUCAAGUAGACUCUUAACCCAGACCUUGCUUUCCACCCCCUCUGUACUGCACAGAAAUUGCAGAACUGCAUAGACCACAUCUAGGUGUGCAUUGCCACUACCAUCGGUGAACUCUGCUUUAUUUCCAAAUGAACAGUCUCAGGGCUGUACCUUCCUUCAUCUCUUCCCUUGCCUCUUUGGUCAUUGCUGAAAACUUUGAGGACAAAAGCUCUGAGAACCAGCUAGUCAGUACUACUGUUCUCCUUCAGUUACCACCUUGAAACUUUUGCUCCUGAGUGAGAUUUUAUUUGGGGGUAGGGGGCAGAGGAAUGAGGGAUAGGGAUUUUUCAAAGAGUUGCCAAGCUGGAAGUACCAUGACUCGGAAUUCUUGUUUUCCUGGGAAGAUGCGUCUUGUCCAACUGCGGCCAGGUCAAGUCAGAAGUGGGAAUCUACGUCUUCCCCCAGAAGGGCUGAGACAGAGUGAAAAUGACAGAUAGCAGGCGGCUCUUCUCUGCACAAAAGUACUUGCUUACAUGGUUACAUUUUUUUUUUCUGUCUCAGGCACAGACCAUGCUGAUUAAAAAAACCAACCAAACAAACAAACAUUAAAUUUGCUACCCACCUCACACUGCUCUGGCUCCUAUGGUUUAGUUCAUUAAAGCUUCCAUUGAUUGUUUUAGAAACGACUUGUUAGUUUUUGUAAGGAGGGAAACGAUAAUUACCCUCUAGUCCCUGCUGGAAGUCUUCAAGCUAAAGCUUCGGUAAUAUGUCCCACCUAGCUGGGAGCCUCCCCGUUUUACUUCGUAAAGGCAAGGCAAGGAGGUAGGGAUUGGUAUCCGAGUUCUUGGAUAACGUAAGGUAUUCUAACCUCUAGCACUGUGUCAUUCCAAGCAAGUUAAGUAUCCUCUCUGGACCUCAAUUUAUUCCAUCAUUUCCAAACUGAGUUAUAAGGGCUCACUUUUCCUUUUGUUGCUGGCUUUAACAAAAUGUUGAGAAAAUACUUCCCAGAAACAAUAUCCCAGAAAAAUGAGGAUGGAAGGGACCUUGGGGAUUAUUUAAUCCAACCUGUUUAUUUUGCAAAUAAGGAAAGGAAACUGUAGAGAGGUGAAGUUAUUUGGGUAGCCUGUAUAUCAGAUCAUACAACUGAUUAUGGGCUGACCUUGGAUUUUAAAAACUAGAACCUACUUUCUGUAGUUCCAGGUUCUGUGCACCUUGUAGUUUGUAAUUUAAAAAAUCUAAAAAGUCAAACAUCAUAAAGAAAGGUACACUUCCUCUGUAAGAGUGUGAAAUCCAUAAGUCAAAUACUGGUGUAAACAUAGGAAAAUUAGAUGAAUGCCUGAUACUAUUGGAAACUGUUGUUCUGCUCUAUCUUUUUAUAGGUUCUGUAGCUCCUGUUUAGAGGCUUGCGCCCCUGGGUUCCCUUAGUGCCUGUCCACCGACCGAAAUAUAGCCAGAUUAAUAGUCUGGUUUUUAUUAAUAAUCAUAAGCUUUUUGGUCAUAACAAUUUAGGAAGACCAUUUACUAAGAUCUAUGGGAGCAGGGUGAGGUGGGGAGGGAUUGUUCCAACCUGCACUGGUGGAGGGAUUGCCUGCACUGAGGAAAUUAUGGAUGCCUGAUAUGUGUUGAAGGAAGUGUAAUUAUUUGUGCAUUUAUCACAUUUCCCCAACCAUGAACCUCAAUAGAAUUUAUCUAAACCUUGUAUCUCUCUUGUGCCUAGCAGAAGGCUUUUUAGAAGCAAGUGCUUAAUAAAUGUUUGUUGAAUUUGAUUGCAAAUAUCACACAUAAAAAUGCAGGACUUUUACUGUCUGACCAUAAGUCUGGCUUGGCAAGUGAGGUGACAACUAUUUUUGAAGUACCUGAUUCCAUCUCAGGAUUAUGUUGUAGAGAGACAAUAGUCUGGAGGAAAGUGAUACAGAAAGCUGUUUCUCACUGAACAGUUCAAUUGCUAGGUGAUUACUGGAGGGCUGUCUAUGGGAACUGAUGUGCAAAACCUCAAGGAAACAUCAGGGAAGCUGACUGAAAAACAAAGUGCUGAGAAAUCUUCCUGCUGUCACCAGGAAAUCCAAUGGGAAUUUGUGCUUGAUUUUAUAACGAAAGCAACAAAUGUUUCUCUCAGGUCCCAAGAAUGGCUUGGGAUUGCAGCUAGGUCUUGAUUAGCACAAAUAAUAGAUGAAGUGAUUGCAGAGUUUGCAUUCACACUGCAUAUUUCCAUUGGGCUGAAACCCAUGACCAUAAUUUACAUAAUUAUAACUUUAUUCAUACUAAUCAGGUCCUAGCUGUAUUGAUGUGGCAAAUAAAGUGAAACGCCUAAUUGACUUCACAUUGUUUCUGGUCCUUAUGCUUUUUCAGGCUCUCUCCAAUGUUUAGAAUGUCCUUCUUCCUCUCUACCUUUUGGGAAUUGCUACUUCAAAGCUCAGCUCAAUCAUCAUCUUCUACAUGAAACCUUUUCUGAUCUUUUUUUCUGAUGCCUCCCCACCCAAAUUACCUUGUAUAUAUCUUGAAUAUACAGGUGUGUGUUUUUUUCAAUAGAAUGUAAACUCUUUUAGGCUGGGGUCUAUUUAAUAAUCAUCUUUGUGUUCCUAGCACUUAAAACCAGUACUUGGCAUGUAUUAGGUACCUAAUAAAUGUUUGUUGAUUGAAUAUUGA